CUAAGCGCGGAACUAAGUAAUUUGACGGUAGGGUUCCAGUCGGCAUGUAAACAGUGUUGCUCAUCAGCAUGUCAGAGUCUUUACAGCUUGUAGAUCAAAAUAAUAUUCCGUAAACACAGAUGAAAACCAGGCGUAGUCAUUCUUAUCCGUCAUGAAACUGUACCAGGCUCUGCGCAAUGUCGACAAGUUCAGAGCCGUGUUCGACUUCGGUGGACGGGAUGUGGCUCACUGGUUCCCCGGACACAUGGCUAAAGGACUGAAGCAGAUGAGAGCCAGCCUCAGGAGUGUGGACUGCAUCGUAGAAAUACACGAUGCCAGAAUCCCAUUCUCUGGAAGAAACCCUGUGUUUAAGGAGACUCUAGAUGUCAGGCCACAUGUGCUCAUUCUCAACAAGAUGGACCUUUGUGAUCUGGCCAGCAAGCAGAGAAUCCUGAAGGCGCUAGAAAAAGAUGGGGUGAGGAAUGUUCUCUUCACAGACAGCUUAAAGCAAAGAGACGACAGCAUCAAAAAGUUGGUGCCAAUGGUGAUGGAAAUGAUUGGGAGUGGACCCCGCUUUAACAGAGAUGAGAAUACAAAUUACUGCCUGAUGGUGAUCGGAGUGCCCAAUGUGGGGAAGUCAUCUCUUAUUAACUCAUUAAGAAGAACAAACUUGAAAAAAGGUCGAGCAUCUCGAGUAGGUGGGGAGCCAGGUAUCACUAAAGCAGUUCUGACUAAAAUCCAGGUGUGUGAGCGACCUAUAAUGUACCUGUUGGACACACCAGGAGUCUUGCCACCUAAGAUUGAGAGUGUUGAAACGGGCAUGAAGCUGGCUUUAUGUGGAACUAUACUGGACCAUUUAGUUGGUGAGGAUGUUAUCGCCGACUACUUACUCUACUCUCUGAACAGGCUGGGGAAAUUCAGUUAUGUGGAGAAAUACAACAUCCAAGAGCCAAGUGACGACAUCCAGCAUGUCCUCAAACGCAUCGCUGUAAAACUUAGAAAGACCCAACGGGUCACAGCCAUUACUGGAAUAGGGAACAUUACCGUCACUAUCCCAAACUACACGGCAGCAGCUUACGAUUUCAUUAGAGCUUUCAGGAAAGGAGAGCUGGGACAAGUGAUGCUGGACUGACCUGAGCCAUGUUAUUCAAGAUAACCAGAGACUGUUGUAGGAUUUUGCCAAGUUUGUCUUCAACCUGGACAAAUUAAUACUUCACCACAAAGGAGUCAUCAAUGAAAUAAACAGUAGUCUGUCUCUUACCUUGUGUCUUUGAAAUAUUGGGGGCAUGGUGAAUUUUGUUUUGUUUAUGGAUGAUUGUGUGUCCUUUGUAAAUAAAAGAAUACAACUUUA